GCUCCCCGCCCGCUGCCGGAGCCGUGCGGAAGGCGUGGCUGCCCGCUCACCUGGCCGUUUGGGCGGAGCCCCGGAAGGGGUGCGGGUGCUCGCGGUGCUGGAGAGGGCUUGCCCUGGGGUUUGCUCCUACCCUUCCAUACCCUUCACCGCCCGCGCCGCGGCCCUCCCUCGGCCGGCCCGCUCUCUCCCUCCCUCUCCGACCCCUCCUUUGCUCCCUCCCUCAGGGUCCAAUUGCUCAAGCUGCUUCCUUCCCCAACGCCAGCGCCAGUUCCUCUCCUGGUGGGGCCCGGGAAGGGCAGCGAACGCUAGACUCAAACAGCCGCGGCGGCAGCUGCCAGACCAUGGCCCAGCCCCGAGCGGCCACGAAUCUGGCACCCAAGGCCUCCCUCGUACCGAGCGCGCUGAGCCUGCGGAGCGCCCCGCAGCCCCGCGCAGCGAAAGAGGACUUAGGCAGCUUGGCCAGGUACCCGGGCAAUGCCGCCGCCACCGCCUCCUGGGAGCCCCACUUGCACAGCUCGCUGAUGCUCUCGGGAGCGGGCUCCGGGCGCCGGCGGGGAGCAUUGCGAGAGUUGCUGGGGCUGCAGGGGACGGCUCCUGCCAGGUGGCUGUCAGAGGAGCGAGCCAAGGAGCAGUCGCCCAGCGGGCCGAACGGACUGGGUGGCAGCGGGCUGUGCCUGGAGCCCCGAGAGCACGCGUGGAUACUGGCGGCCGCCGAGGGCCGCUUUAAUGUGCUGCAGGAGCAUCUGGAAGCCGAGCCGGGACUGCUGCUGCGGGGCGACCCGAUCACGGGCUACACGGUGCUGCACUGGCUGGCCAAGCACGGGCGCCACGAGGAGCUCAUCCUAGUACACGACUUCGCCGAACGCCGAGGACUGCGGCUCGACAUGAGCGCCCCGGGCAGCGGCGGCCUCACGCCCCUUCACCUGGCGGCCCUGCAGGGCCACGACAUGGUCAUCAAGGUGCUGGUGGGCGCCUUGGGCGCUGACCCCAUGCGCCGCGACCACAAUGGACAUCGGGCCUGUCACUACCUGCGGCCCGACGCUCCCCGGAGUCUGCGAGAGCUGUCGGGGGCCGAGGACUGGGAGACGGCAGCAGGCAGAGAGCGAAACAAUGCCAACAACAACAGCAGCGGCAGCGCCGGGUGGGCGCCGCGACGGCCCCCGAGCGCAGGGCGCUUGAUGGUCGUGGAGACAACCGCGAGAGCGACGGGGUCACUCGACACGGAGAAGGACUCCACAGGCAGCCGAGUGGCGCAAAUUCAUAACCUUGUCCGCCAUAUGUUCCCUUUCUUCCAGGACCGUUGAGGGCGAUGGGGAUUGGAGGGCGCGGAGGGACUGCGACGCUGUGACCGAGGUCUCAGUCCUGGGUUGUACCGGGUUCAACAAGGAGCAGCGCCUCGGACUCAGCUCGGAUCGCAGCCGAGUGCGCUGGGCCUGCAAGGAUCAGACCAUCUUGGGGUCUGCCUCAGGUACCUGCCCCACGUCUCCUGCAGCCCAGGG